UGUCAAGUUUCAGCUGCGAGAACCUAAGUAAAAAUAACUACUACAAAAGUUGGCUGCAAUUGUGCUUUCAGGAGCAUGUGCAUGAUGCAGUAUUAAAUUCAUGCCGAAUAAGUGCGUCAUCUAGCUAAGCUGACUGAAAUGUGGCCGCUCCAUCUUGUUGCAAUUGGAGUGGAGACAUGAGUCGCCUGGUAUGUGUCGGCACUGUGAGAGCACCAUGUUAGAUUGCACAGUGACAAGAAAUGUGAAUUUUUUCCUCCGUUGUUGUAAACUGACGUGUGGUGCACUCACCAUCUGUUGCAGCGACAGAUUCAGCUUCGCAGCAAGAGGGAAGGCUCAAUUUAUUAUGCUAGCCGUCGUAAAAAAAAAAAAAGAAAGAUUGGUUUGGUUGCCAGGUAAGGCGGACGGUUUGCUGCACACAGGUGUGUGACAUGCGCGGACGAGGUUUGCGGACGAAUCCCGUAUGGUGAAAACUCCACGAACUGUAGUAUCCACGUGGCUCCGCGCGAACUUACAGAGCUCCCAGAGGGCGAGUGGUUGCGCACACUCUGUCAGUAACAGGUCCAGUCUACGUUUCAGCCGGCGAGUUCCAUUCUACUUAGAACUCGGAAGAAAAUAUGCAGGCUGGCGCAGUCGUGCUUACCGUAUCCUUUGCUGCUGUGGGAUGGGCAGGGUUUCCUUUCAUGUGGCAUCCCGGACGAGGACCGCCUGGAUCUCUUGGGCCUCCUGGUCUUCUUGGCAAACAUAUGCCACCUGGCAUCUGGAAGAAUAUUCACGGUAAUGGUCCACCCGGACAUCACCACCGACCGCACAAUCCGCCACCUCUUCCGCCACCACCUCCAGCAACAGAAGCAACGACAUCUGGUUCAGAAGAUGCAGACACCUCCUCUGUAACAGACGCUUCGACGACUUCACUGAGCACAUUGCCGCCUAGCGAAGAGGCUACGGAGGUCACCAAUGCAGUUACAAAUGACGUCGCAUCAGACAGCUCGACUGAGAUACAAGCAGAUGUCUCGACACCGGUAGCCACAGCGGAAUCAGCUACGAAUGAGAACGUUUCAGAAGGUGCCACGGAUACUACUGCGGAUACAAGUACCUCUGAUGGAGAAGCAGGGACGGCAACUGAGACUGAAACAGGCGAGCUUCCAACAGAGGGUGCAGCAGAGACACCCACAAGUGACGCCACCGCGGAGAGUGCGCCAGUACAGGAUACAGAUGCAGCUACAAAUUCUCACUCCACAGACACAGACACUACAGGGGGUGGUGCGGCUACGGAAAGCAGUCCAGAAGGUAGCGAAUCUCCCUCAGUAAACGAUGCUACCAAUGACAGCUCAGCUACGAGCAUUUGAUGCUGGAGACAUUCAUUGAACAGCAGGAGUGGUAAGAAGCUAAUAAAGAAUCACAGUCCUGUGCCUACUUAUAUUAAGGCAGUGCCAUGAAAGCCCUGCAAAUUUCGUUUUGAAGGCUGCAAUGGAAACUGCGCUUUGGCUCGAAAUACAAGACCAAAUUACUGUUUCAAAA